GAAUAUAUUAUUCGAGUUCAAAGAGGAAUUUCUGUAGAAAACAGCUGGCAGAUUGUUCGAAGAUACAGUGACUUUGAUUUACUGAACAACAGCUUGCAGAUUGCAGGCCUAAGUCUACCUCUUCCUCCCAAAAAACUGAUUGGAAACAUGGAUCGUGAAUUCAUAGCUGAGAGACAGAAAGGUCUUCAGAACUAUCUCAACGUUAUCACCACAAAUCAUAUGUUGUCUAAUUGUGAGCUGGUUAAGAAGUUUUUAGAUCCAAACAACUAUUCUGCAAACUACACUGAAAUUGCCUUACAACAGGUCUCCAUGUUCUUCCGAUCAGAACCAAAGUGGGAGGUCGUAGAACCGUUGAAAGACAUAGGCUGGAGGAUUAGGAAAAAAUACUUCUUGAUGAAGAUUAAAAAUCAGCCAAAGGAACGGCUGGUAUUAAGCUGGGCUGACCUUGGCCCUGACAAGUACUUGUCAGAUAAAGACUUUCAGUGUCUAAUCAAACUUCUGCCUUCCUGUUUGCACCCUUACAUUUACCGGGUUACUUUUGCCACAGCUAGUGAAUCCUCUGCACUGCUCAUCAGGAUGUUUAAUGAAAAAGGAACUUUGAAAGAUCUGAUCUACAAGGCAAAACCAAAGGACCCAUUCCUAAAGAAGUACUGCAACCCUAAGAAGAUUCAGGGCCUUGAACUCCAGCAAAUAAAAACAUAUGGACGGCAGAUUCUAGAGGUGCUAAAGUUUCUGCAUGACAAGGGAUUUCCUUACGGGCAUCUUCACGCCUCGAACGUGAUGCUCGAUGGGAACACUUGCCGGCUGCUCGACCUUGAGAAUUCCUUACUGGGCCUUCCUUCGUUCUACCGACCCUACUUCACGCAGUUCAGGAAAAUCAGUACAUUGGAAAGUGUAGAUGUCCACUGCUUCGGUCACUUACUGUACGAAAUGACCUACGGACGACCACCUGACUCGGUGCCCGUGGACUCCUUUCCUCCUGCGCCGUCCAUGGCUGUGGUGGCCGUGUUGGAGUCUACGCUGUCUUGUGAAGCCUGUAAAAAUGGCAUGCCCACCGUCUCCCGGCUCUUACAGAUGCCAUUAUUCAGUGAUGUUUUACUGACCACUUCUGAAAAGCCACAGUUCAAGAUUCCCACCAAGUUGAAAGAGGCAUUGAGAACUGCCAAGGAAUCUAUAGAAAAGAGACUAAUGGAAGAGCAGAAACAGAUUCACCAGCAUCGAAGACUGACAAGAGCUCAGUCCCACCAUGGAUCUGAAGAAGAAAGAAAAAAGAGAAAGAUUUUGGCUCGGAAGAAAUCAAAACGAUCUGCUAUUGAAAAUAGUGAAGAGCAUUCAAUGAAGUACAGCAACUCUAACAAUUCAGCAGGGUCUGGGGCCAGCUCACCUCUCACAUCCCCGUCAUCUCCGACUCCGCCCUCUACAGCAGCCGAGUAAAAACUUCCUGGAGCAGCCUCUCUUUACGUCUUAAGCGGACCAGAUAGCCUGGGUGUCUGAGGAGCUGGUUCUGCCACUCGGAGCACAUUGGUUGUUCUUGGAGGCUUCCUGCAGCUGUGUGAGGGGACGGUCAUCAGCAGGAUUGAUCAAGACCUGACAGUACUCACAUUCAUGAGCAGUUGUGGUCCCCAGGAGCCUCCAAGAGCAUGUCCCAGUUCUCCCAGAGGCUUCGAGCUGAUCUUCCUGAGAAAACAACAGGCAAAUGCAAGGGGCUAGUUUGAACCCCCUCCUUGGGAGCAGGGGUUUGCCCUUGCUGGCUGAUAGUGAUUACUGAUGGCUUACUGCAGAAUGUUCUGGGCCGGGGCUGGUUUUGAGUUGCCAGGUACCUGGUUCAUGGAACGUAUAUACUUCUUCCUGUCUUUGUCAGCAGAUUUUACAAGAACUUCCCCAAAAUGGAUCAAGACAGAUCUUUCUUUUUUGAAGGUGACCUACUGAGGCUGAUCCAGAAGGCUCAGGCUUUCUGCAGGCUCACUGCCCAGCCUAGGUAGAGCCAUUUUCUAGAAGAAAAGGUAUUAAUUUUAUACCAGUUGGACAUAUUAAGGAAAUUAAAGAGAAUUACCUCCAUAAACCCUCCUUGAACAAGUAAGGUGUCUGCUAAGUAUAUAGCCAUACACUGUGUGUAUGUGGAUUCUCAUUUUUAAAUGUCUUAAGGUCCGAGUGUAGUGGCACACAUAGUGAGAUCCUGUCUCAAACAAACAAACAAAACAAGUCUUGAGGAAUUUAUAGUCCAUUCAAACUUUUCAGAGGAAUUCUCUACUUGAUGUCUACUUUAAGUGGUAACUAUCUCAGUUGCAUGUGGUGGUACAUACCCGUAAUCCCAGUAGGAGAUUAGGAGGCUGAGGCAGGAGGAUUACCAGGAGUUUGAGGGCAGCCUGGGCUACACGGUGAGUCCAAGGGCAGUCUCAAAAAAAACAAAACAACAACAAAAAAGUGGAAACUAUCACACAGUAGCAAGUUUGCAUGAGAUGAAGUAAUUUUGGGGCUAUUCGCAGAAGGGUAGGGAUAUAGCUCAGUGCUAGAGCACUUGACCAACAUGCAUAAUAACCUGAGUUCAAUGUCCGGCACUGGGGGGAAAAGCAUUUUUAGAAAGCACUUGAGCCAAGCACGAUGAUGUACACCUGUAAUCCCAGCUGCUCCAGAGGUGAGUGGGAGGACUACAGGUUCGAGGGCAGUUCGGGUAACUUAGGGAGACCUCCCUCUCAAAAUGAAACAGCAAGGGCGCUGUGGGACACUGGCUGAGCCUUGUGAGGCCCUGGAUUCAGUCCAGCACUGCAAAGCAAAUUAAUUAAUUAACUAAACAAAGCGUUUGCCUGGAAUGAGAGAAGAAAAACAGGCGUCUUGUGUGGUCAGAGAGUACUGGAAGAUUCAGCUAAGGUGCAGGGGAGUGGCAGGGUCGGUGCUGUGGGUUCGACAGCACUACCUGAGGGCGGCCGGGGGACUGAGGAGGAAAGCACGCUGAGGCCCAAGCACGAAGCCUGCGCUGGCGAGGGUUUCCCGGCCGCAGUGGCUUCUCCUUUCCUUUCCCUUCGAUGUUUUGUGGACAGCAUUGUCAACUCCACCCCCAAAACAGUACUCUGACCUCUGCUGGGAAUUUCUUGUAAUACAAGUCAUAAAAGUGGUAAUACUUAGCCUUUACCUGGUAGGGUCGCACUUCGGGCCCUGUAUGAAGUACCCGCGUUGUUUAUUCCUUCAAGACUUUCCCAGGAGGCACUUUCAGGGAGCCUGUGGUUUGCCAGGGACUCCGCAAGGCCCUAGGUUACAGAGACGACGGGACGAGGCCCCGGCUCUCAGGGAGUCUCCUUUCCGGAGCCUCUCAGGAGCUCCAGAAUGACAGACACAGUGCAGGUCAGUGCUUUCCUUGGGGGCUGGCAAUAGCAGUGUUCUGUCUCCUCCGCUUCCCUCAGUAAGGGCUCCUCCUCCGGGAAACUCGCACACAGCAAGCUCCGUCCUGAGCCUCACUGGGCCUGGCAUUCAGGUCGCUGCCUUCUACAGGUGGCUGUGAGUCCCCGUCGAUGGAUUUCGCAGCUUCCUCUGCCGUCACGGCCUCUGCUGCGUGAAGGCAGACUCAGCCUCAGGUGGGGGCUUCCACUGCUCAGCCCUGGUGAGACGUGCAGGCCAGGAAGGCUGGCUUCUUCUUGGCCCGUCUUUCUCACUGCCCCUCUGCACGCUGCUCAUCCUGCUGCUGGAUUCACUUACUGCAAUUUACAGCCUGACUUCUAGGCUAAGUUCAUGGGUAUAAGUGAGGGGUGGCGUCUUCCAGCUUUAUUAUGAAAUACUGUUUUCAGAAAGGAAGGAGCCGGGUGUGGUGGCACAUACCUAUAAUCCCAAGCACUCCGGGAAACUGGCAGGAGGAUGACAAAUUGAA